UGACAUGUGCCUUUUAAAUCUUAAAUAACAAUCAGCUGUUUAUAUGCAGAAUGCAUUUUGAUUGUCAGACUAAUCGAAAAAAGUAAAAUUAAACCACAAAGAAAUUCCAGUCGGUUCGGGUUGAAAUGUAAAUUCUGUGUGUAAUCGGUGAAUACCAAAAAAGAGAACUAAAAUACUGAGUCACUAUGUUUAACACGGAAAAACGAUUUUUAAAACAAUGAAGAUAUUUACGGUAGCGGUAGGAGCGUUUUUGUCAAUGAUUUUUAUAUCGGUUAUUAUUGCUAGUUUUGUAACACUAAUAACAACACAUUCACCUCGUUCAGAUGAUCACACCAAAGAGAAUUUUUUUAAAAUUGGAGAUAGGUUUGAUAACAUCAUAUGGUUCUUGCAGAUCUCUGAUAUACAUAUAAGUAUAUUUCGGGAUCCCUCAAGAAUAACGGAAUUUAAAGAAUUCUGUGACUAUACAAUAGAUAGAAUUAAACCGACUGUGGUUCUGGCAUCGGGGGAUCUGACUGACGCUAAAACAAAGGAUGCCAUCGGAUCACAACAAUUUGAAUCGGAAUGGAGACAUUAUCGAGAUAUUUUAAGAGAAUACGAUAUAGGAAAUAAAACUUUAUGGCUUGAUAUUAGAGGAAAUCAUGAUAAUUUUAAUGUUAUUAGUAUAAAUUCGAAGCAUAAUUAUUUUACAAAUUACUCAAUGCAAGGAAAGGCCCAUCCCAGGUCUUAUUUAAUUCAAACCAGGAAAGGUUCUGCCGUUUACUCGUUUUUAGGAAUUGAUGCCUGUCUUGAACCAGGACCGAGAAGGCCGUUUAAUUUUGUUGGUAUUAUUGAUCAGCCUGAAGUAACUGAAAUAAACCGUUUGAUAAAAAAAGUUAAGGACACAGGAAGCAAUUAUACAAUAUGGUUCGGCCACUUUCCUACUUCUUGUAUUUUAUCUUCCGGUUUGGAAAAUGUGAGAAGCCUAAUAAAAAAGGAUAAAAAUGGGUUGGUAUAUGUUUGUGGCCACUUGCACACCUUGGGUGGUGUGGUGCCCAAAAUGUAUACUAUGCAAAAAGAGGGGUUUUUGGAACUCGAAUUAGGAGACUGGAAGGAUAAUAGAAUGUACAGAUUAUUGGCUAUUGACCAUGGUAUGUUUUCCUUUAUUGAUGUCCAUCACAGGCAGUGGCCUGUACUUCUUCUGACCAAUCCAAAAAAUUCGCUUUUUAUAAAUCCAGUUAAAGAAAAUCUUCUAAAUAUAAGGAAAUCUACACAUAUUAGGGUUCUAGCAUUCAGUUUGUCCCAUAUUAAAGUAGUGAGAAUGCGAAUAAACCAGGAAGCUUGGACUGACCUUAAGCAUGUUAAAGGACCUUUGUAUGUGACGACAUGGGAUCCCGAAAAAUAUAUACAGGGUCUUCAUUAUAUAGAAAUAUAUGCCAAAGAUAGUGAUGGUAGGGAAAACACUGAAAAAGUUCCUUUUUCGCUGGAUGGUUCAAAGUUGUCGUUUGGGUUGUUACCUCGCAUAGCGCUCAUGUCAAAUUUAAGUUGCAUUUUUUGGUCAAUGUUUAUAUCAACAUUAUUUAUUUACUUGACACCCUUAUUUGUUCUGAGGUAUUUACAUCUUUUAGUGUUGGCUGGAUAUAUAGUUCAACCAAACUUAAGAGGCAACUGUUUAAAACUAUGGAUUAGAAAAGCAUGGACGUUUACAACUAUCGAUCGACUGUUCUGGCCUAUGGUACUUUACCCAUUGUACCUCGUUUUUGGCCCGUGGUCUGUAGGCUACAUUAUUGAGGAUUACAUAGGGGUUAUUUUUUCAUGGGGCAUAUUUGUAAAUGGAACUUUUUUACCGGGUGCAUUUACUUAUGUUUAUGGGUUUAUACAACUUAUAACUUUCCAAAUACCUUUGAAUUUCAUACUGAUUAAUACAGUAAAUCAUAGGUUUAACGAAUUAUCCAAUAAAAAUGGAAAAAGACUGUCUUUAAAGCACAAAUUAUUCCUCCAUUUACCAUUCUCCCUAGUAUUUAUUAUACAAGUAGUCAUGGCUUAUUUGUUCUGGCUGGCCUACGGUACUCUGGCCUUCAUUUUGGGUCCUCUGAGAACAUGGUCGCUCGUACUGGCGGCCAUUGUGUAUUAUAUAGCGUUAAAUCUUCCUGAGAGAUGUUUCAUAAAAGCAAAAGAAGUAUGCCUUAGAACACCAGAAACGAUUGUCGAUCAGACUAUGGUUGCCACGUCAUCAGUGAAGUCCUCUGAGAAGGUGGGAAAAGAAAAUUGAAGUGACUCAGUUAUUUCAAUUUAAAUAUAUUCGUAAAUGUGA